UUGCUCUCGUAUAUCGAGGGUGGAUCGUGUGCUCUGUGAUGCUGCCGUAUUUGUUGUUUUCUCCUUGUCACCAGCAGAAAUGCCUGUGCGCUGUACAAAAAGGAUCGACUCACCUUAAUUGAUCAGCAUUCAAAGUUAAACUCCUGUUCCAUAAGCAUCACACUUGUCUCGCUGUCGGUAGUAGAUAUUUUUUUUUUAAUACGAGAAUAAAUUCAAAAUAAAAAUAAAAGAAACUGAAACGAAGUUUGUGUAUGUGCUUUGAUUAAUUAGACAUAAAUUAUAAAAGUGUUAAAAAGGACAAAAUAUGGCAAUUGAAGGACAACGUUUGAUGUCAAAAACUCAACACUAUCGCAAAGUUACUAAACCACUCUUGGAAAGAAAACGUCGAGCCAGAAUGAAUUUUUAUUUAGACGAGUUAAAAGAUUUGAUUGUGGAUACAAUGGAAGCACAAGGAGAACAUGUUACUAAAUUAGAAAAGGCUGAUAUCCUUGAGAUGACAGUUCAAUAUUUGAAAACCAAAAAACAUAUUGAAGAAAAUCGCGACAAACAACAAAAAGUUGAUCCGGAAAAAUUUCAAGCCGGCUACACACAAGCAGCUUAUGAAGUAUCAAAAGUAUUUGCCUCAUUUCCAGGAUUAGAUUUGAAGUUUGGAACAAAAUUGAUGAAACAUUUAGGAUAUCAAUUAAAGGAUAUGAAAGCAGUACCAAAUUCCCCAUCUCAAUUAACAUAUCAACAGGAAACAGGAUCUAAUGGUUUUAAUUCAGUUCAAUUCCAUGAUUCUAAAUUUAUUAAGAUGAUGAAUCCAGAAGAGCCUCAAGAAUGCGGCGAAGUAUGGCGUCCAUGGUAAACAUCAGUGACAAAUAAUUCGAUCUCAAGAGAUGAAAAUGAAAGAUACUCAGGAAACCAGAAGGAUAUAAAAAUCGAAAGCUUUAUUUUUUUGCAUAGUUAUUUAAUAUGUUUAUGCACUUCCAUUAGUUUUUAAUGUUAAACCUACUCAAUGUACACCAUACAGCUUUAUUAGGAUAAAAUUAGUGUUAAGUUUUUUUUUUAUUUUUCAAAUGUAAUUUUUGUCUUAUUUUA